AUGAAAGAUCGCAUUUGGGUCUCGUAUAAGGAUUCAGUUUACGAUAUCACAGAUUUCAUUAAAGCUCAUCCAGGCGGAACUGAAAAAAUACUAUUAUCAAGUGGAGGUCAGCUCGAGGGAUUCUUUAAGUUUUAUCCAUUUCACUAAAAAGAUCACGUUUAAAAACUGCUAUCUCAAUAUAAGAUUGGUAUUCUUCAUGAAGAUGAUCGCGUCAAAUAAUCUGCAAAUGGAAAUGAUAUUGAUGAAGAGGAAGAAAUGCUUAAGUAAUUAAGGAGUAAGGAAUUGAUUACUCUUUAAGAGGUACCACUUAUUGCAGAGACUAACCCCAUCUAUCUUAGAUAACAUUUUAUUACCCCAGUCAGUGAAAUGUUUAUUAGGAAUCAUUAGAAGAUACCUUAGAGAAUUGAUCCAGAAUAUUUUAAACUAAAAGUAUUUGAAAAUAAAAACAAGAAAGCUAAGUAUACACUAGAUGAUCUUAAAAGUAAUUUCCAGCCUAAAACAGUAAUGUCAACUAUCGCUUGCAGUGGAAAUAGAAGAGGUGGACUUAAAAAUAUUUAUCCAACAAUACAAGGAAAUAAUUGGACUUAUGGAGCUAUAGCUAAUUGUUAUUUCACAGGGGUUUCUAUAAUUGACUUGCUUAAGGAUCUUGGGUACGAUCUAGAGUAAAUUAAAGAUAAGCAUUUAGUAGUUGAGGGUUUAGAUAUAGACGUGUAAGGAAAGCAUUUUUAGGUUUCAGUUCCAAUAUCGCAUGUAAUUGAUCCUUUAAAUGAAGUGAUACUUGCUUAUGCUCAAAAUGGUGAAGAAUUAAUUUAGGAUCAUGGGUACCCUCUGAGACUAAUAGUUCCUGGCUUUGUAGGAGUCAGAAAUUGUAAGUGGGUAUAUAAGUUAUCUAUCAGUGAUGAAGAAGCUACAUCAGCCUAAUAGAAAGAAAACUACAAAUUUAUUUAAGAGCGAGAUUCCUCUAAAAUUGAUUAUUCGAAAUAUAAGCCAAUAUUUGCUUACAUUAUUAAUUCAGCCAUUACUUAUCCACUAGAUAAAGAGAGUAUGAUAGUGGAAAAAGACAGCCCUUGUAUAUAUUUGAAAGGCUGGGCUACUGGAAAUCCACAUUUAGGAACUCCUGUUAAAGAAGUGUAAAUAUCAUUCGAUAAUGGCCAAACUUGGGAGUAAGCAUAAAUUACUCAUAAGGAAGUAAAAGAUCAUAAGCAUUCAAAAAUUUUUUCUUGGGUUUUAUGGGAAUAUAAGAUAGAUGUCAAUAGAUUUUAAUCCAAUCAACCAAUUAAAGCAUCUGUUAGAAGUGUUGACUUGAAUGGAGAUACUCAAUUAAAAUCAAUAGAAGAGCUUUAUAACCUUAAAGGUCUGCUAAAUAAUUCUCCACAUUCUGUGGAAUUUUAAUUUGUAAUUAAGGAAUGA